UGGAAGUGAAACAUAAAUAGAAGAAUGAUGGAGGGAAGAGGAGAGCAGGAGAGAGACAAUGGAGGAGUCAGAAUGCCUAAGAGAAGCUGUGACGAGGCUCCAUCUGAUAUCCCUCCAUGCAAGUACCCUUCCAGGCCUCCAUCGCCCCUGAAAACCCAGCCGUCCCUUUAUCAGACCUCUUUCCCCUUCUACCGGCUGCCCUCCGAGGUGGGCUUCUUCUCGCUGGAUGAAAAACGUUGUUACCAUGCCGAUGGCCGUCGCUUGCGCUAUUAUCGCCCUCCUGCAGGUGAGAAAAAGGACGAUGCCCCCCUUGGGUGGGACCUGAUGGAAGGGUUUGAAGAUCGCUACGUUCGGAGGAAUGAAGAUGAGAAGGAGGGUCUCCUGCACAUUCUCACAUGGAUAAAGGAGAACAAAGGGCUUAUUAAAGGAAGCGGCCACGGCGAGAGCAAGAGACCAGUGGAUCGAGACUUUGUCACUUGGAGGGGCCAUCUCACUAAGAUCCUCUGUACACCAUACGAGACACAGGAAGGCUGGAUCCUGGCUGUCACCCUCUUCCGAGGUACUCUGUACAUCAACGAGAGGGAGACGGAAGCUGCAUAUAAAAAGAGGAAGGAGAAAACCUUGGAGCAGGAGAAGCUCGCCUACUCGGGAUAUAAGUUUGAGAGCUUCUUAUGUGCUUACACCCCGGACAGCGAUCCCUGCCCUUCCGAGACGGUGAACACUAAUGAGGCAUACUGCAGUGUUCUUUUGGGUCGUCUGGCCUCACAUUCUGUGCUGCUGUCAGGAGAGGUGGACUGCACGGAUGCCUCUGCUGCUAACCCAUCGCCUCCAUCUAGCUACGUGGAGCUGAAGACGAGCGCACAGAUAAGGAACCCACACCAACAGCGCAGCUUCAACAGAUACAAGCUCCUGAAAUGGUGGUGCCAGUCUUUUCUCCUUGGAAUUCCUCUGAUCGCUGCCGGUUUUCGCGAUCAGCAGGGAAAAAUUGUAUCUCUUCAGAAUUAUCGAACGGCAGACAUCCCUCAUCUAGUGCGGGGGGACCGGCAGAGCUGGGACCCGGCGGUGUGCAUGAACUUCUGUAACGCCUUCCUGUCUUAUAUCAAGAAAGUGGCCACCAAGGAUGACCCGCGAGUUGUCUAUGUGUUCUCUUUGGAGCCAGGUUCAGAAAUCACAUUCACUAUUGAAUCGAAUCCAUCUGACCCUGUUCUACCCGACUGGUACGUGAAGGCGCUGACACAAUAAUCUCACAA